AUGGCUGCUAUACUCAAACUCACCCGAAAAUACCCUCAGUUCCAGCAGAACGAGAUCUUUCAAUUGCAAGAUGCAUUUCGCAAAUUGGACGUUGACGACAAGGGGUAUCUAGACGAAGCUACCGUAAUCAAGGCCACCCAGCAGUCCGAGAGACAAUCCUACGAUGUUGUCAGACAAGCGCUCAAGGAGGUGGAACUGGACAGCUCGAGACGAGUAGAACUCGAAGACUAUGUUGACCUCAUCUCGAAAGUGCGCGGCUCUCCACCGACUCAGCAGCGCAUUCCGAGCGGGUCAGUACGACCGGCUGCAGGCAAUGGCACUCCUGCGCCCGGUCAUGCUUCAAAGCCUAGUCUUGGAGGAGGGGCAGGGAAAAUUCAGGUCCAAGGCUCUUCUGCGAAUGUUACACACACCAUAAACGAAGAAGAACGAACUGCCUUCACCACUCACAUCAAUGCGGUCCUUGCCGGCGAUCCGGACAUUGGCCAUCUGUUGCCUUUUCCGACCGACACUUUUGAGAUGUUUGACCACUGUAAAGAUGGCUUGGUAUUGGCAAAACUCAUCAACGACAGUGUUCCGGAUACGAUCGACGAGCGUGUGCUAAACACUCCGGGCAGAAAGAUCAAGACCCUCAAUGCUUUCCACAUGACGGAAAACAACAACAUAGUCAUUGAAUCUGCCAAAGGUAUUGGUUGUUCCGUGGUCAACAUUGGCAGCGGUGAUAUCAUUGAGGUUCGAGAACAUUUAAUCCUUGGUCUCAUUUGGCAGAUCAUUCGACGUGGUUUGCUGGGUAAGAUCGAUAUCAAGCUGCAUCCCGAACUUUAUCGUCUCCUCGAAGAUGAUGAAACUCUCGAGCAAUUCCUCCGACUUCCUCCCGAGCAGAUCCUCCUGCGGUGGUUCAACUACCACCUCAAGAACGCUGGCUGGCCCAGACGAGUCACGAACUUUUCGGGUGACGUCAAAGAUGGGGAGAACUACACCGUUCUGCUCAACCAGCUGAAGCCAGAUGUUUGUUCCAGAGCUCCUUUACAAACCAGAGACCUCCUGCAACGAGCCGAAGAAGUCCUUCAAAAUGCCGAGAGAAUCGAUUGUAGAAAGUUUUUGACCCCCACUGCAUUGGUAGCAGGAAACCCCAAGCUCAACCUUGCCUUUGUCGCCAACCUCUUCAACACUCAUCCUGGGCUGGAUCCUCUUACAGAAGAAGAGAAGCCAGACAUUGAAGACUUCGACGCCGAAGGUGAACGUGAAGCUCGUGUCUUUACCCUCUGGCUCAACAGCAUGGAUGUCCAGCCUACGAUCAACAAUUUUUGGGAGGAUCUGCGAGAUGGCACAAUUCUGCUUCAAGCCUAUGAGAAAGUUAUUCCUGGCAGUGUCAACAUGCGCCACGUCAACAAACCUCCUGCUCACGGGGGCGAAAUGUCUCGAUUCAAGAUGGUGGAAAACACCAAUUACGCCGUCGAACUGGGCAAGCAGAACCGCUUCUCGCUCGUCGGUAUCCAAGGUGCUGAUAUCACAGACGGCCAAAGAACAUUGACCUUGGGUCUGGUGUGGCAGCUCAUGCGUCGCGACAUUGUCAGCACUCUAUCAGGUCUUGCUCAACGUAUGGGUAAGAGAGAUCUCUCCGACUCGGACAUGAUUAGAUGGGCGAACGACAUGUCUAAAAGAGGUGGGAAGAACUCGGCAGUGCGCUCUUUCAAGGAUCCUGCCGUUACCAGUGGUGUGUUCCUUUUGGAUGUUCUCAACGGAAUGAAGAGCAACUACGUCGACUAUGACCUCGUCACCCCGGGCAAGACUCAAGACGAUGCAUACGCGAAUGCCAAACUAUCAAUCAGUAUCGCUCGAAAGAUGGGAAGCACCAUUUACCUUUUGCCAGACGAUAUUGUACAAGGCCGAGCUCGACUAGUACUGACUUUUGUCGGUGCGCUGAUGAGAACAGCCGAAAAGCUGGGCGUCUAA